CAGACGCAGAAAGAUACGUAUGGUGUCAUCUCUGGCUUCUCUUAACGUACCACCCUCACUGAGAGCCAGUCGGAUUCACCGUCAGACCUCACAAUCUUCAUGUGACGAGAAUUUCAGAACAGAUCUCCAAUUCAACUUCAAAACCCCAUUUGAACUCAGACAGCUCCACUCUCACAUAAUUAAAACCAACAAUUCUUACUCUGUUCUUCCUCUCCCUAGAGUUGGCUUGGUCUGUGCUUUUUCUCCAAGCUUCACUUACGCUCAAGAAAUCUUCGAAUGGGUCGAUAAGCCAGAGAUUGUAAUAUGGAAUUCUUGCUUGAAAACCUUUGCAGAGGGGGAUUCCCCGAUUGACACAAUCUAUCUCUUCUAUCGGUUGCGCCAUUUUAAUGUCCUACCCGAUACGUUCACUUGUUCAUUCGUUCUCAAAGCUUGUUCGCUCUUAUCGGAUCUCUUGAACGGUAGAAUCGUACAUGGGUUGGUUGUGAAACUUGGGUUCCAAUCAGAUCUAUUCUUGCAAAAUACGCUCGUUCAUAUGUAUGCCUGUUCUGGAUCAAUGGAUGAUGCUCGGCGUCUGUUCGAGAAAAUGUCGCAGAGAGAUAUUGUAACGUGGAAUAUAAUGAUAACCCAGUUGAUAAAACGUGAGCAGGUUGAUAAGGCCCAAGAAUUGUUCGAUAAAAUGCCUGAGAGAAAUGUGAGGUCUUGGACGUCAAUGAUUGCAGGUUAUACCCAGUGUGGUCAGCCGAAGAAGGCUAUUGAUCAUUUCACGCAGAUGGAAGCAGCAGGGUUGAAACCCAACGAGGUGACGGUUGUGGCUGUUCUGGCAGCUUGUGCGGAUUUGGGUGCAUUGGAUUUGGGUAGAAGGGUUCAUCAGUACUCGAACAGAUGUGGGUUCAAGAGGAAUGCUCGCGUGUGCAACACUUUGAUUGACAUGUACAUCAAUUGUGGAUGCCUGGAGGAUGCACGCGGAGUCUUCAAUGAGAUGGAAGAACGAACAGUGGUGUCCUGGUCAGCCAUGAUUGGAGGACUUGCAAUGCACGGCCAAGGCAAGGAAGCCCUGAGCCUCUUCUUCAGGAUGACCGAAAUAGGCAUCAAGCCUAAUGCAGUCACCUUCAUAGGCCUUCUACAUGCUUGUAGCCACAUGGGUUUGAUAAGUGAAGGUCGCAGGUUCUUCGCCAGCAUGACUAGUGAUUACAGGAUUACACCUGAGAUUGAACACUAUGGUUGUAUGGUGGAUCUACUAAGUCGUGCUGGGCUACUUGAAGAAGCUCAUGAGUUCAUCCUGAACAUGCCCAUCAAGCCUAAUGGGGUUGUGUGGGGGGCUCUCCUUGGGGGCUGCAAAGUGCACAGGAACAUUGAGUUGGCUGAGGAAGCGAUCAAACACCUUAUUGAGUUGGACCCCAUGAACAAUGGGUACCAUGUAGUUUUGUCAAACAUAUAUGCGGAUGCAGGGAGGUGGAAGGACACAGCAAGAGUGAGGAAGAUGAUGAGGGAUCGAGGUGUGAAGAAAACGCCCGGAUGGAGCUCGAUCACCAUCAAUGGUAUUGUUAACAAGUUUGUGGCUGGGGAUGGAGACCAUCCCCAAGCCGAAGAGAUGUAUCAUGGAUGGGAAGAACUGCUAGUGAAGAUGAAGCAACAAGGGUAUGUGCCGGAUACUUCAGUAGUCUUGCUUGACAUGGAUGAGCAUGAGAAGGAGCUUGUUCUAUAUCGCCACAGUGAGAAGUUGGCCGUUGUUUACGGGUUGAUGAAGACACCACCAGGAACACCCAUCAGGAUAAUGAAGAACCUUCGGGUUUGUGAGGACUGUCAUGUUGCUUUGAAAAUUAUAUCGGCUAUUGUUGAUCGAGAGAUAGUUGUGCGUGAUCGGAAUCGAUUCCAUCGCUUCAAAGAUGGUUCUUGUUCUUGUAAAGAUUAUUGGUAAUGAAAUUCAACUUAAAUCA